AUGGGGAGACCUAAAGAUUUACGCAUAUGGGAGCACUACCGUACUUUACCAAACAAGUCUGUUUCUUGCAAGCUUUGUAAUAAGGUCUACAAAUUCAGUAAUGCUGCCAAAAUGCUUCAACAUCUUAUCACUUGUCCAAAAUCUCCAGAAACAUUAAAAGACUCUAUGAAACUUAUAAAAGAUAGCUCGUCCAAAACCAAAAUGUCUGGACUGUCAGAGAUAGAGACAAAUGAUUCUUUUAUAAGCCCCUCGUCGUCUGCUAACACUACAAUAAAUGCUGAGUUUCAAGACACCGAUGAUCAUAUAAAAACAGAAUUAGCGAGAGCUAUAUUUGUAACAGGGACGCCACUAUCGAUGGUGCAACAUCCUUUAUGGAUACAAUUUUUCGAAAAAUUGCAACCAAAAUUUAAAAUACCUUCACGUAAAGCUUUAGCGACAAAAUACUUAGAUAAAAUAUAUAGAGAAAUGCGUUUUGAGUUAAAUGAGGAACUAAAUGCUUGUAGUUACUUACACCUUCAGUGCGAUGGCUGGUCUAAUUUAAGAAAUGAAGGAAUAAUAAACUUUCUUAUAUCAAAACCUCAACCUGCAUACGUUAAAAGUUUGAAUACAGAAAGUAAUCCUCACACUAGUGAAUACCUUAGCCAAGAAGUUGAAAAAGUAAUGAAAGUAUAUGGAGCAAAUAAGUUUCUUGUACUUAUUGGCGAUAACGCUAGAAAUAUACAAAAGGCAUUCGAAUUAACAAAACUCAAAUAUCCACAUGUUGUUCCUCUCGGUUGCUGUGCACAUAUCCUUAACUUGUUGUGCCAAGAUAUUGUAAAGAUACAAGAAGUAACUGUGUUUAUUAUGCAAGCCAUAAAUAUAAUAAAAACUGUUAAAAGGAGUCAACGAUUAAGUUCCUUGUUGAUAAAAUCAAGGCAGGGUGAAGAUUCUACACAAACACUAAAAUUGCCUUGUGCUACAAGAUGGGGAAGUCAUGUUACUUCGUUAAAAAGUUUGAAAGCAAAUAAGAUAGCUUUGCAAAUAUUAACAGUUAAAGAAGAUGUGGUAAUUUCAAGAGAUAUUAAAGAUUUAAUUCUAAGUGAUGAUUUCUGGACGAAGACAGGGGAAUGUAUAAGUAUUUUGGAACCAGUCACUGAAAGCAUAUUUUACUUAGAGAGCGACCAGAAUCGUUUGCAUCGCACAUACAUUACAUUUAGAGAUGUACAAGCUAAGAUACGUUUUGCAUUAAAUGAGAUUUCGACAUUGAGCGAAGAAAGCAAACAGCAGAUUCUAACAUCAGUAUCUUCAAGAUGCAAUAUGGCAAUGAGGCCAAUACAUUUUGCAGCAUAUAUUCUAGACCCCAGGACUCUAGGAGUCGAACUUACUCAAGAGGAAGAACUUAAGGUAUAGUGGACGUCUUGCGGCUGAGAUGACGAUGAUGAAGUACAAAAUCAUAAACACCCAAAAAUUUGGGUCUUUAUGGGGUUUAAACCCAAUAAACCCAAAACACCCGGUUUUUACCCACCAGACUUUAAACCCACCCAGGUGGAUUGCCCAUCUCUAAGUUC